AUGCAGAUGCCAGACAUGCCCGUCAACGUCCCAAUCGACGACCCCAACGCCGACACGGAAUGGAACGAUAUUCUCAGGAAACAUGGCGUCAUCCCCGAGAAGCCGCCAUCGCCGACACCCAUGAUUCAGGAGGCGCUUGAGCAGGCUCGCGAACUCGCACACGAGAACCGUUUAGAGGGCAAAGACAUGGACGAGCUGGCCGAGCUAGAGGAUGAAGAAGACGACGACUUUCUCGACUCGUACCGUCAAAAGCGCAUGGCCGAGCUUGCAUCGAUAAAUACCGCCUCGGUGUACAACCAAGUCUAUCAUAUUCAGAAACCCGACUACUCUUCCGACGUUACCGAAGAGAGCAAAAAGGCACAUGUGCUGGUCUUGUUGACAAGUUCAACAGGCACAAACACCGAGUCAAGAGUCAUGAUUGAGCAUUGGAGGGAGUUGGCAAAGAGAUUUGGCGAUGUCAAGUUUUGCCAGAUGAGGGCGGAUCUUUGCAUCGAGGGGUACCCGGAUAAGAACACGCCGACGGUGCUGAUCUACAAGGACGGGGAUAUCAAGAGGCAGAUUGUUACGCUGAUGCAAUUGAAGGGACCGAGGACAAGUGUACAGGAUCUGGAAAGGCUUCUCGUUGAUGUUGGCGCCGUCAAACUAGGAGACUCGCGCCUCCAGAAGAAGAGAGACGACGAGGACGCCAACCCUAGCAGGAUAAGACAAGGCAACACCGCAGGAGACGAUGACGAUAGCGACUGGGACUGA